AUGCCCAGUCCCCGACCUUCGAAACGGCAGCGCAUUGGUCGUGCCUGCGAUCAGUGUCGACACCGCAAGUCCAGAUGCGACGGGGAGCAGCCGGUGUGUUCCAUUUGUCGAUCUACAGGCAGGGCUUGUACCUAUCAGAUUGCCAGUCGUCACCGAGGAUUGCAGUCAGGAUACGUUCGCAGCCUGGAAGUGGCACUAGGGCUUGUGCUCGAUAGGUUCCCCGGCAACGAAGGCAGUCUGCGCCGUAUCUUGCGUGACACGCGACAACACACGCUGGAGGUGGCCAGUGAAUUGGCAGAUCGAGGGCGGCAUUCCAAGCUCGCCAGAGAUGUGGGCCGGCUUCUCAAUGGCGAGACAGACAAAGGUCAAUCACCAAGCGAUGAUGACCCUGAAUCUGAAGUGAUGUGCGCUGUUGAUGAAAACGGAGGCGAGAGGCAAGCCACUCAACCUCCCAAGGAAUCAGCAUCCCCGAGUGACUGCCUGGAUUGUCCUUUCCCAGAAAACAGCGAUCGGUUGUUGCAGUUUUAUUUUACCCAUAUCCACAGCUGGUUUCCCAUUGUGGAGCGGCGAGAGGUUCUUCGCAGCCUGCAUACCCCUCCACAGGCAUCUAAAUCGGCUAGAGAUGUGUCUUGCCGUCUGGUCCUGUGGGCCAUUGUCGCCUACUCGUCUGCCAUGGAUGAUACACUGGAAAAAAGCCACGGUCCGAUGCAGAUCGCCCAUGCCAUUCGACUUCAAGUCCUUAUGGCCCCUGACGAGGCAGAAAUAGGCCACCUCCAAUCCCUGUUGAUUAUCACUCUCCUCCACCUGGGCUGGGGGGACCUUCGCUUGGCGUGGCUGCUUGCUGGAGAGGUCACCAGGAUGCUGAUGAUGCUGCCCGAGUCUUCCCGGACGGUCCGGUAUCAGCAUACACUGCACGGAUGUAUUCUCCUCGACAAUCUUAUAUCCGGCAUUCUAGACAAAGCUCCCGGUAUUUCUCUGGACGAUGUGAGCCACUGUGAACCUGUGAGUGAGGACGAUGUGGACGAAUGGGAACUGUGGACUGGAGAAAAAGUGGCCGCCAAGGGUCCAUUGCGGUCCCUGAGCACCUUUAAUCUCAUCAACGAGUUGAUGAAGCGGCCAUAUGGAGGGGACUCUGCUAGCCCUUCCCUUCUGACUUUGCAUCUCACCGCCGACUUUGUGGUGUUUUGCCUUGCUCUGCACAAAGCGGAUUCAACAGUCGGACAACUAGCCCUGCACAGUCUCCAUACCACGGUUGAUAUGCUGGAUACCUAUGUUCGACUUACUGGGACGGCCAAGUCGUCUCCCCUGCUACGCUGCUUCAUCUUCCAGGCCUAUCGGUGUCUGCGUAUUGUUCCCAUGUCAAGUCCAACGGGACCAUUGCAUGGCCGAUUAGUCCACCUUAUACACCAGCUGAAGCUAACUAAUAGCGAGACCAACGCCCCGGAGGCCCUUUUUACAUGGCUUCCGGGUCGGAGACUGUCUGGCCCUAUGACUGUCUAUAACGAGUACCAUCUCAAUUUGGGGAAUCCGGACCACCAGAUGGCAACCCCCGAAUUAUCCAUCACACCCGUGAUUCCUAUGCCUGGCCAACUUGAUCAGACAGAAGAUUUUGAUGCCCUGUUUGAGGAAAUGGUCUCUUCGAGCCCGCAAACACGGGGCGAGCCCACGUUCGCUGAGAACCUGGGAUUUUAUGCUGGGAAUCUGGAUGCCGAUUUUCUUGAACAGCUGCAACACAUCCCAGACACUAGUGAUAAUCUAUAA